AGUCUCCUGCAGUCGGUCAACUGUCAGGACUGGAGGAGUGGCUCGUCCCUACUGCACGCAACUGUCCACGCUGCUAAGCAGAAGGCAAGCAGAACAGACCAUACAGAGCGACUGUAGCAGCGGUGUCACAGGCGACCCAAGGCUAUCCAAACAAUACAGUACCGGAGCCCGAAAAACCUUAGAGGCAGCUCCCAGGAAACCAACUAAUUCUAGGACGGUGAGCUGUGGUGGUAGCGCUGUUACUACAAUUGUAGCCUCCUUGGAGCUGGCGGAAGUGUUUUCCCUUUUUCACUUACCACCUCUUUGUACUGUAGAGGCUUCAUUCACUGAGUGAUCUUCUUUGCUAUUCCUGAUUGAUCAAGGAGAGCAAAACACAGCUGUUGCUAUUCCAAAGCCAAGCCUCCAGAAGUCCUGGUAAUCCAUAUCAAGCUACUGGAUCCACCUCUUAGAAGUGUCCUUCCUGCCUCACGUGGAUUGGGCCAACAAAAAAAUCCAGUUUUCUGUGGGUUUAUAGAAAAACUGUAACAAUUUUACCUGGUAUGGACUUGUUGUCUGGGACAUACAUAUUUGCUGUCCUGUUAGCAUGUGUCGUGUUUCAGUCUGGCGCCCAGGAGAAGAAUUAUGUCGUCCAAGAAGAAAUGCCAGAAAAUGUCCUGAUUGGCGACUUGCUGAAAGAUCUCAACCUGUCACUGACUCCAGAAAAAUCCCUAACAUCUCCUAUGCAGUUUAAGCUGGUAUACAAGACUGGAGAUGUGCCCCUGAUUCGAAUUGAAGAGGACACUGGCGAGAUCUUCACCACAGGAGCUCGCAUAGAUCGUGAGAAAUUAUGUGCCAGCAUUUUGGUGGAAGCCCAUUGCUUUUAUGAAGUGGAGGUUGCUGUUUUGCCUGAUGAAAUAUUUAGACUAGUAAAGAUACGUUUUAUGAUAGAAGACAUAAAUGACAAUGCACCAUUAUUCCCAGCAACUGUUAUCAACAUAUCAAUUCCAGAGAAUUCAGCUAUAAACUCUCGAUAUGUUCUUCCAGCCGCCAUUGAUCAUGAUAUAGGAAUAAAUGGAGUCCAAAGUUACCAACUAAUUAAGGGUCAAAGUACUUUUGGGCUGGAUGUGAUUGAAACACCAGAAGGAGACAAGAUGCCACAAUUGAUUGUUCAAAAAGAAUUGGACAGGGAAGAAAAGGAUACAUAUGUAAUGAAAAUAAAGGUUGAAGAUGGUGGUUUUCCUCAAAGAUCCAGUACUGCUAUUUUGCAAGUAAGUGUUGCUGAUACUAAUGACAACCACCCUGUCUUCAAGGAAGAUGAGAUUGAAGUAAGUAUACCAGAAAAUUCUCCUGUGGGUACUUCAGUAACUCAGCUCCAUGCCACAGAUGCUGACAUAGGUGAAAAUGCUAAGAUCCAUUUCUAUUUUAGUAAUUUAGUUUCCAACAUUGCGAGGAGAUUAUUUCACCUCAAUGCCACCACUGGACUUAUCACAAUCAAGGAACCACUAGACAGGGAGGAGUCACCAAACCACAAGUUGCUGGUUUUGGCAAGUGAUGGUGGACUGAUGCCAGCAAGAGCAAUAGUUCUAGUAAAUGUUACAGAUAUCAAUGAUAAUGUCCCAUCAAUUGAUAUAAGACACAUAAUUAAUCCAGUAAAUGGCACUGUGCUUCUUUCAGAAAAUGCUCCAAUAAACACAAAAAUUGCUUUAAUAACUGUAACAGAUAAGGAUGCAGACAACAAUGGUAGGGUGACAUGCUUCACUGAUCAAGAAGCCCCUUUCAAAUUAAGGCCAGUAUUUAGUAAUCAGUUCCUCCUAGAGACUGCUGCACAUCUUGACUAUGAGACCACAAGAGAAUAUGCCAUUAAAUUGUUGGCAGCAGAUGCUGGCAAACCUCCUUUGAAUCAAUCAACCAUGUUCUUGAUCAAAGUGAAAGAUGAAAAUGACAAUGCUCCAUUUUUCACGCAGCCUUUUAUAAGUCUUUCUGUUCCUGAGAAUAACUCUCCUGGUAUUCAGUUGACAAAAAUAAGAGCAACAGAUGCAGACAGUGGACAUAAUGCUGAGAUCAAUUACCUGCUAGAUACUGAUGCCCCAUCCGAAUUUAACCUGGAUCAUCGUACAGGCAUUCUGACUGUAGUGAAGAAACUGGAUAGAGAAAAACAGGAAAAGUAUUCCUUCACAGUUCUGGCAAAAGAUAAUGGAACGAUGCCUUUAGUAACCAAUGCCACAGUCUUAGUGACUGUUCUUGAUCAGAAUGACAACAGUCCAGUUUUCACUCACAGUGAAUAUAAUUUCUACGUCCCAGAAAACCUUCCAAGACAUGGCACAGUAGGAUUAAUCACUGUGACUGAUAUUGACUAUGGAGAAAAUUCUGCAGUCACCCUCUCCAUUUUAGAUGUGAAUAAUGAAUUCACCAUUGACCCACAUACUGGUGUCAUUCGGCCAAAUAUUUCAUUUGAUAGAGAAAAACAAGAAUCAUAUACUUUCUAUGUAAAGGCAGAGGAUGGUGGCAGAGUAUCACACUCUUCAACUGCCAAAGUGACUAUAAAUGUGGUUGAUGUUAAUGACAACAGACCAGUUUUUGUUGUCCCUUCUUCCAACUACUCCUAUGAAUUGGUUCUACCAUCCAUUAUUCCAGGAACAGUGGUCUUUACGGCAAUUGCUACUGACAAUGACACUGGUAUGAAUGCAGAGCUUCGUUAUAGCAUUGUUGGUGGAAACACAAAAGGACUGUUUAUAAUUGACAAAAGAACGGGUAAUAUUACACUGAAGGAGAAAUGUGUUGUUGCAGACCUUGGCUUACAUAGACUGAUAGUCAAGGCUAAGGACUUAGGAGAGCCUGAUUCUCUCUUCAAUGUUGUAAUUGUCAAUCUAUUCAUAAAUGAGUCAGUGACUAAUACCACAUUGAUUCAUGAACUGGUGCACAAAAAUGUUGAAACACCAGUAACUCAAAAUAUUGAGACAGUUGAUGUAUCCUCAUCAACCAGUGACUAUAGCAAGAUCAUGGGUGCCAUUAUUUCUGGCACUUUAAUUGUUAUCCUUUCUAUUUUCAUCACGGCUGUGGUAAGAUGCCUCCAAUCAUCACACCUUAAGGCUGCUCAGAAAAAGAAGCAUAACUCUGAAUGGGUUACUCCAAACCCAGAAAACAGACAGGUGAUAAUGAUGAAAAACAAGAAGAAACAUGCCUCUAAGAACUUACUGCUUAACUUUGUCACUAUUAAAAACAAUAAGGCAGACGGUACUGACAAUGAUGGAAAGAACAUUACACUAGACCUUACUGUUGAGCUAGAAGAGCAAACCAUGGGCAAAUACAACUGGGGCACUACACCUACUACUUUCAAAACUGAAAGCCCAGAUUUGGCCCAGCACUACAAAUCUGCCUCACCACAGCCUGCCUUCCAGAUCCAGCCUGAAACUCCCCUGAAUUCAAAGCACCAUAUUAUUCAGGAACUGCCUCUUGAUAACACCUUUGUGGCUUGUGAUUCCAUCUCUAAGUGUUCUUCCAGCAUUUCUGAUCCCUACAGUGUUUUUGAAUGUAGCUAUCCAGUGACGACAUUCAAGACCCCAGUAUCUGUGCACACUAGACUGUGGAAAAUUGAGGGGGAAAAGUCAGUAAAGUCCCAACGGCGUGUCACAUUUCACCUACCAGGAGGCUCUCAGGAAAGCAACAGUGAUGGUGGACAUGGCGACCAUGAUAUAGGCAGCAUUCCAAGCACAUCUUAUGCCUUGCCACUUGGCUAUCCUCAGGAAGAAUAUUUUGAUCAUGCAUCAUCCAACAACCGCACUGAAGGAGAUGGCAACUCUGAUCCUGAAUCCAGACAUGCAGACAAGUACAGGCAAUGACGGGCAGAAGUUUUACCUUCUCCAAUUGGCUUAACACCUGGUUGGGAGUCGACUGGACUUGGUGGAUAAAACCUGUCAUUCUCAUCACAACUACCAUCUUUGGAAUUUCUCUAAGUUGACUCAUGCCACUCUGCUUAAAUAUCUUUCUAUGAUGACUCAACUAAAUUUCCUGAACUGAAACUUCCUCCCAUCACUCAAAUGAUAGUACAGCAUGCUCAAAAUAGAUUAGAUAUAAUCAUCAUUCUUGGGAAUUAGCCCUACUCUGUGACAUGACAGUAGGUAGAGACAUUUCUAUGUGCAAACUCAGGAUGUAGUAAUACAAGGAAUACUGGGCUAGGUGGUAGCACAGCCAGUGGAAUGCACACGUUAUUAUUUUCAAAGAGGUCUCGGGUUCAAGUCCCUGGUCCCCAGCUGCAGGAUGAAGGAGGCUUCACAAGUGUUUGAACAAUGCUGUAGAUACCCUUCCUUCUUCCUAUGUAUACCUCUGUAUCUCUCCUUCCCUUUCUCCUUCUUGGUUAUGCCUGUCUCACCAAUCAUGAGAAGAAAAUCUAAAAAAAAAAAAGCUACUUGGAGUGUUGAAGUUGUACAAGUUGUUAUGCAGACUCUGGGCCACAAUAAUAAUCCUGGUGGCAACAAUAAAAGAAGAGCAUGAAAGAAAAUGAAGAUGAGACCUCCAUCCAUAUUCAGUAAUUUUAUUUUAUAUCUGUCACUCAGAGGGGAAAAUGCCAAAGUUUAACUUUCAUAAUCAACUUCAAAGAAACAUUUUGGUGUAACAUGUAAGAUUGACUGACCAGACAUAUUCCAACAAGACCUGGGUUACAUUUUCAUAUCCUGUUUUGUAAUGCCAUAUAUACUUCCCAUGAUAUCUUUGUAGUUUAUAUUCUCAUGUCCUGUCUUUGUGAUAUGCAUACUUAACCAAGUAGAAUAUCAAGUACAAAUUAUCAUUUUCAAAGAGUGAACAUGCCCAUCCCAAUCACAAGACAGGUGUUUUGUGCAAUAAAAUAAGAUUGAAGAAAUAUAACCAAUGAAAAUUUUUAAGCCAGUUAUAACAUUUCCUAUAUAAAGUUGAGCUUGUUUUUUGGAGUGGUUGACUACUCAUAGCAUUUAAUUAAUUUAUUUUUGUCAUCACUAGGCAUUCACUGCUGCAACAUUUCUAUCUCAGAUAAAAAGAGACAAUCAUAGACAAGCAGAGAGAGUAAAAGAGACUGCAGCACUGAAGCUUCAUUCAGUAUGGUAGGGGUCAAGUAUGAACCUAGGUCAUACAAAUGUCAAAGUAGUAUAGUAUUUAAAGUGACCUAUUUUGCUGGUGCUUCAGUAAAUUAUAAAAGACCACCUUUGCAUUUUUUCUAUUUUGCUUUAAUGAAUCCUUUCACCCCACGAUGCUACUUACUUUCAUUAAUUUUCUAUGUAUCGGAUAUGAAAUUUAAAAGUAAAAGGGAAAUCAAGGGAAACUAUAAUUCUUAGACCUAAGGAUUUUUUUCAUUUAAACAAUAUUGUAGAAACUAGUUUCAGAUUAAAAUAAUUUUCCAGAGGUUAGGACACAUUGAUAUUCUAAUGUCUCUUUUCACAUGGUGCUGACUUGUCUUGAAGGUGUGAACACAGAGGAAGAAUGAAAAGCCACAAUAUUGGAUAACAUAACCUAGAAAAUGAGUGUAAAUGUAGAUGUCUGAUGACUGAUACUACCACAUUUCAGAAUUAGAAUAGGGGGAAAUGAGAAAGUAUCAUCCAAGAGAAGGUAGAAUGAUAUCCACAUCAAAAUAAUUUUAGUGAAAGGAGUGUCGGUUCAAAAAUAUCAGGGAUGAGGUAGUGAUUCACCUGGUAGAGAGCACAGGCUACCAUGUAUGAGGAUAUGAGGACCCAGCUUCAAGUUUCCUACCCCAUCUGCAGGAAAUGACUUUCAUAAGUGGUGGAGUAAUGCUGCAGGAAUCUCUCCUUUUCUCUAUAUCUCUGUCAUUCUCUCCCUCUCUAUUUCUGCUUCUCAUCAUAUUUCAUAAAGAAAGAAAAAGGAAAUAAGAUCAAAAUCAAGAAUGUUGGAGUCAUGCAGACAGUGAUAUCAGCUAUAAACUUCAUAGAAAAUGUAAAUUCAAUAAAUUUGUACUUGACAAGCAAAAAUAGACAUUACAUCUAGCUUUUCAAUUUUAUCAUUAUGAAUUGCUGUGUGUAACUUGAUAAAAAUGUUUUCAAAGUGGUAUUACAAGUGAAAAAUGUGAAUUUUCACUAUGUUCAAGAAAUACUGAGAGUUGGAUUAACAAAAUAAUUCACUUGGGGAGCCAGAUGGUGGUGCACACUGUUAAGCACACACAUUACAGUGUGCAAGGACCUAGGUUCAAGCCCUUGGUCCCCACCUUCAAGAAGGAAAGCUUCAGAAGUAGAGAAGCAAGUCUGUAGGUAUCUCUCUGUCUCUCUAACUCUCCCCCAUCAACUUCUUUCUGUCUCUAUUCAGUAAUAAAUAAAUAAAUAAAUAAAUAAUAAAAAUAUAAUUCACUUGGGUCGUGUACCUGCUAUGCCACUACACACAACUCAUAUUUCUGCCUGGACCCCAUGACAGUGGCAGAAGCGUUGGGCUGAGGUCUCUCUAUCUCUCCCUCUCCCUUACCCAAUCCCUUUCCCAAUUCUCCCUCUCCCUCUCCCUCUCCUUCUCUCCCAUCUCUGUAUUUUUUAUUAUUAUUUAUUUAUAUAAAGGAAACACUGACAAAACCAUAGGAUAAGAGGGAUACAACUCCACACAAUUCCCACCGCCAGAACUCUGUAUCCCAUCUCCUCCCUUGAUAGCUUUCCUAUUCUUUAACCAUCUCUGUAUUUCUAUCUGAAAAAAAGCCCAUAGCAGUGAAGAUUUGGUAAUGAGAAAAAUAAAAUUUAAAUAGUGAAAAGAGAUAAAUUGAGUACUGACUAAAUUGGUAAAAUAUCAAAGAAAUUAUAGAAAUACAAUGAAGACUUUUGUCUUAAUUAUUUGUAUAAAAGGGAGGAGAGACACCAUAGCACCAAUUUGCUUUUCAUGGAGAUUCUCUUGGUGUUGUGUAUGGUACUCCUAUGUGGUGUCAGGGUCUCGAACAUGGUAUUGUGCACUCUUUUAGAUGAUUUAUUUUCUAGUCCCAUGGAGAAAUUUUUCAAAGGACAAAUUUCUUUAAUGCUUGAAUUUUGAGAAAAUGCUAUAAUUCACUAAUUUCUUGCCAUUUUUGCAGCUGGCUGCUUAUUUUUUCAAGUAUUGUGUUGUUAUUGGGACUUUAUCAGUCUGGGUUGAUGUUUUUAGAAAGAGAGAGAG